CUAGUCUUUAAGCUAAAAUGUCGUUUGUGUUUUUCAUCUCGCGAUAAGUUCUAGCGAUACCUUCAACUUGCUACGCAUAAACAAGCAAAAGUCUGCCACUUAAGUCACUUUACUUUUGAGACAUGGGUGUAAUGCUCACACAGGGGGCAAUUGAAGCCCUGUUAAAAGGAUUUCCGAUGAGCAACCCUGUGCUGCAGCUUCUGAACUUCCUUCAGGUCAGUAACAGCUCUGGUCCACCCAGGUUCCGGCUCUUAAUGAGUGAUGGUCAGCACUCUUAUGCUUCCUUCCUGCUGGCCACACAGUUAAACAAUCUACAUGGAGAGAACCUCCUGGUACCUAACUGUGUGUGUAUGUUGAAGAAGACAACCAUCAACACAUUGUCAGAUGGCAGGCAUGUGGUGGUUGUGAUGGACAUGGAGAUAUUGCAAUCGGCCGAGGAAACUGGAGGGAAGAUUGGAAAUCCCGCUCCAUAUAAUGCAGUUGACAAGAUGUCAUCUCCACAGAAGUCGGCCUCAAGUACCUCUGUCCCAGCAUCCCCUCCAUCGGCUGCAGUACCUGGACCGUCCUAUGAGAACAGCAGCACCCUUUCUCCUCCCCGAGGUUUUACGGGAAAGUCACCCAUAAAGCCUUCACCAAUAACUUCACCCAUGAAGGCUUCACCCAUGAAGGCUUCACCAAUGGCUUCACCCAUGAAGGCUUCACCCAUGGCUUCACCCAUGAAGGCUUCACCCAUGAAGUUUUCCCCAAAGACGUUUUCACCCAUGAAGGCUUUACCAGUGGCUUCACCAAUGCAGUUUUCACCCAUGAAGGCUUCACCAAUGGCUUCACCCAUGAAGGCUUCACCAAUGGCUUCACCAAUGAAGGCUUCACCAGUGGCUUCACCCAUGAAGGCUUCACCAAUGGCUUCACCAAUGAAGGCUUCACCAGUGGCUUCAGCCAUGAAGGCUUCACCAAUGGCUUCACCCAUGAAGUUUUCCCCAAAGACGUUUUCACCCAUGAAGGCUACCAGCACUUCUCCUGGUUCUUCAACAACAGUGAUUCCUAUAGCAAGCCUUAACCCCUACCAAAGCAGAUGGACUGUCAGAGCCCGAGUCACCAACAAGUCCAGUAUCCGCACUUGGAGUAACUCUAGAGGAGAGGGCAAGCUUUUCUCCUUUGAGAUAGUAGAUGAGAGUGGAGAAAUCAGGAUUACAGCCUUCAACAACGAAGUGGACAAGUUUUUCUCUCUAGUGGAGCAAGGCAAGGUGUACUACAUAACCAAGGCUACGCUGAAGGUGGCCAAGAAACAGUACAACACACUGAAGAACGACUAUGAGAUGACCCUCCACGCUCAUUCAUCCAUCACACCAUGUGAUGACAAUCAGGGCAUCCCUGCAGUGCACUGUGACUUUGUGCCCAUCGCAGAGCUGGAGAACCGAGACAAGGAUGCCAUCAUUGAUGUGAUUGGAGUGUGUACGAGUGCUGAGGAUGUAUCCCGUAUCACCACUAAGAACAGUAGAGAAGUUUCCAAGAGGGCCCUCAACCUAAUAGACACAACUGGCAAAGUGGUGACUGUCACACUUUGGGGAGAGGAGGCGGAGAAGUUUGAUGGUUCUCUGGAGCCCGUAGUCGCCAUCAAAGGAGCUCGCUUAUCUGAUUUUGGGGGCAUAUCUCUCUCUGCUUUGUUCAGUUCAACAGUCAUGGUCAACCCAGACAUACCGGAGGCCUUUAGUCUGCGGGCCUGGUAUGACUACGGAGGAUAUGCACUCGACAGCCAAUCCUUGACAGAGACAAGGUCAAUGGGGAGCGGCGCAAAGAUGAACUGGAAAACACUGAGCGACAUUAAGGAUGAACAGUUGGGUCAAGCAGAGAAGACGGACUAUUUCAGCUGCGUGGCAACAGUGCUAUACACUCGUAAGGAGAAUUGUCUAUACCAGGCCUGUCCAUCUGCAGACUGCAACAAGAAGGUUAUUGACCAACAAAACGGACUGUACCGCUGCGAUAAGUGUAACCAAGAGUUCCCUAACUUUAAAUACAGACUCCUUCUUUCUGCCAACUUAGCAGACUUCGGGGAUAACCAGUGGGUGACAUGCUUUCAGGAGACAGCUGAGGUCCUGUUAGGUCACAGUACAGAAACACUGGGACAGCUCAGAGACACAGACGAGGCUGCAUUCAAUGAAGUUUUUCAGAAAACCAACUUCACAACUCACAUCUUUAGAAACAAAGUCAAGCUGGAGACUUACAACGAUGAGAGUCGAGUAAAGGUAACGGUAAUGGAAGUCCAGCCAGUCGACCACAGGGAGUACAGCAGGAGACUCCUUAGUAACAUCCGUAAAUUGGCCAGAUGAACUCUGUCCCAGUCAUCCAAACGCCUUUCUGGUGAUUAAACGUGUCUUCCACUGGUGCCCGACUUUUUCCAUCAGCGAGAUAGCAGCAUAUCUGACUGAGGCAGCAGAGGGGCGGCCAGUGAUUCGUCAAAUAAAUUGUCGCUGCACAAAAGGCUGAUAUUUAGUCGUUCACUUCCUUAGCAGGCCAUUUGUGAAACGCUGGAAACGGAAUGGAAAUGACCUUUAUCUUUUAGUUUAAUGACAUUUCAACAGAGCUUUGACUAUUUGAUUGCACAUAACCAGUUUGUUGAGACCUGCUUACAUUUAUAUUAUGUUUCAUGGAUCAUACAUGCUAAGAUCACAGCGUUUUAUCUUUAAAUAUACACACAAAUAUUUUAUCUCUUUGGUUUUAAAUCAGUGUUGGUGACGCUCAGUGUGAGUUGAGGGAGACAUCGUCCGAUUUAUUUUAACUUUCUUUGUUUUAUUUUAAAGAUGAAAGCAUGUCAAAAUGAUGUUUGGAAAAAAAAUGAUGGUUGAAUGUUGAUUUGUUUUAACUGUUUUACACAUUGUGUUCUGCUUGUUUAAAUUAUGUUUUGAGUUAAAAAUGUGUUUGGUUUGCUUCUGUGCUUCCAAAAAAUGUUCAAAAAGGACUGAGGGACAUAAAGGAUGUCAAGAUAAAAA